GGCGGCGGGGCUCGGCGGCGCGGCCCGCGUCGUGCAAGCGGGCGGCGUGGAGUUGAGGUUUCCAGACGGCUUCCUGUGGGGGACCGCCACGUCGUCUUUUCAGGUCGAGGGCGGCCACGAGCACGGUCGAUCGCCCAGCAUCUGGGACACCUUCUGUGCCCAGGAGGGGAAGGUGAAGGGCGGCGCCGACGGCUCGGUGGCCUGCGACCACUACCAUCGAUGGAGAGAUGAUGUGGCGCUGAUGAAGAAACUCGGCCUGCCGGCCUACCGUUUCUCCAUUUCAUGGUCGAGGUUGCUUCCCGAGUGCCGCGGCAGGUUGAGCGUUGAAGGGCUGGAGUUCUACAACAGCUUGAUCAGCGAGCUAAUCGCAAACGAGAUCACACCAAUGGUGACUAUCCACUGCUGGGACCUGCCCGAGUGCCUGGACGGCGGUUGGCUGAAUCCGAAGAUCAUUGAGGACUUCGAGUACUACGCCGGGUGCUGUUUCAAUCUUUUCGGAGACCGCGUGAAGCAUUGGACAACGUUCAACGAUCCUUGCGGCUACGCUUCGCUGGGCUAUUGCGAGGGCAUCAUCGCCCCAGGCCGCAACGAGAAGCCCGACACGGAGCCGUACCUGGCAGCUCAUCACAUCAUCUUGGCGCACGCCAAGGCCGUAAGGCGCUACCGGGAGGAGUUCCAACCCUCCCAGCGGGGCGUCAUCGGCAUCGCUCUGACAGUGGACUGGCGCGAGCCUAUCUCCGAUGAGCCAGGGGACAGGGCGGCGGCGCGGCGCGCCAUGGACUGGCAGCUGGCUUGGUUCGCCGACCCUAUCUGGAAAGGCGACUACCCCGAGUCCAUGAAGCGCCAGUGUGGCAGAAGGUUGCCUGCCUUCUCGGAGGAGGAGAAGGCCAUGGUCAGGGGCAGCUCCGACUUCUGCGGCCUCAACCACUACUCGACGGCCUAUGCCGCUGCCGUGGAGGCCGCGCCCGCGCCGUGCAGCUACUGGAGCGACCAGGCCGUCCGGCUCGAGUACGACGCGAGUGCCCUGCGCACGGACUCGGAGUUCGCCGUCGUGCCCUGGGGCCUGAAGAGGGUGUGCGAGCACAUCCACAAGGAGUAUUCGCCGAGCUGCGGAAUAAUCGUCACGGAGAACGGCUGCGCCGUGAAGGACGAGGACGUGCAAACGGCAACGCAGGACAGCUUUCGGGUCAACUACUACCACGAUUACAUCGUGCAGCUUCACGAGGCCAUCAUGGGCGGCACCGACGUCCGCGGCUAUUUCGCCUGGUCGCUGAUGGACUGCUUCGAGUGGGUCGAAGGCUACACCAAGCGCUUCGGGCUUUGCCACGUGGACUACACCACGCAGGUGCGGACACCGAAGGCAUCCGCGCGGUUCUUGUCCGAGCUGGCCCGCGCGAACGCGCUGAGGACGACCCAGGACGAGCUGCGCGGCAGAGUAGGUCGACCUGAGUUCUCAGAAUGCACUCAGCUCGCGCGUGGGGACGUCGAGGCAGCGGGCCGCCAGGACGCCGCUGCCCCGGGCGGGGGCGACACCGAGGAGGAGCCGCUGGCAGCGAGCCGGCCAGAGCACGAGCUGCUCUGCCAGUGCGCACAGAAGGUCGUGCAGCGGCUGAGCCUCAAGCACCCGUCCCCGCAGAAGGUGCGGGCCUUCCUCGCCCAGACGGUGUCGCACGCGGAGGAGAUGGUCCGUCAGCUCCCGCGCGGCCGCGAGGCCGCGCCGCAGCCUGGCCUUUGCCGGCAGUUCAGCGCCAACUGCUGGAUCAUCUGGAUGUUGGUGGAGCAGAUGGUCCUUCUUGGGUGAGGGGCAGAGACCCCCAGUGCCUCGUGCCUCAGCAUCGUCGAACCGAUCUCCAUCCCCGCUGGGCCAUUGUAUCUCA